CACCCCACUCACUCAUACCAAUACUUAUUUGCACAUCAACCACACAAAGCAACCCCCCCCCCAAAACAUGACCGAAAAAGCAACCUACACGCACGGCCACCACGCCAGCGUGCUCCGCAGCCACGGCCAACGCACCGCCCAAAACUCCGCGCAGUUCCUGCUCCCCCACCUGCAGCCGCACCACAAGAUCCUAGACAUCGGCUGCGGACCCGGCACCAUCACCGUCGACCUGGCCACGCACGUCCCCGAGGGCCACGUGACGGGCCUCGACAUGGUGGACACCAUCCUCCCGGACGCCCGCGCGCUGGCCGCAUCCCGCAACCUCCCCAACAUCGACUUCGUGACGGGGGACGCCAACGCCCUCACCUACGGCGACAACACCUUCGAUGUCGUCUUCUGCCACCAGGUCCUGCAGCACGUCGCCGACCCGGUCGCCGUGCUGGCCGAGAUGCGCCGCGUGUGUAAACCGGGAGGCAUCGUCGCCGCCCGCGAGGCCGAUUACUCCGCCUUCAUGUGGUACCCCGAGCUGCCGGGGCUGCGGCGGUGGCAGAGCCUGUAUGACGCUGUGGCGCGGAAGAAUGGGGGCGAGCCGAAUGCAGGGCGGUUCUUGCAUGUUUGGGCUAAGAGGGCGGGCUUCUUGGGUGUGGAGUGUAAGGUCAGUGCGUGGUGCUUUGCGACACCCGAAGAGGUGAGCUGGUGGAGUGGGACGUGGCAGGAGCGGGCGGUCAAGUCGGCGUUUGCGAAGGGGGCGCUGGAGAAUGGGUUGGCGUCGGAGGAGGAGCUGACGGAGAUUUCCGGGGUGUGGAGGGAGUGGGGUGAGGAUCGGGAUGCGUGGAUUGCCAUUCCCAGUGCGGAGGUGGUUUGUCGGAAGUAACUGGGUCCUCGUUGAGUAAUCUGAUCUUGGGUUGGUAAUGCAUGGCUGUGGAUUCUGGGGGGGCCGGUGGAUGUACAUAGACAGAGAUGAAU